AUGGAUUUAUGCACUUCUUAUGGUCGUGUAGGCCUAGAACACCACGACACCAAAGCUGGAAAUGGUGAUCCUACGGAAUAUGAGUAUACCUGUCUAUUCCCACCGCGUGACUGCCCUCGUGAUGUCUGCGUAAUCCAUGGAAGGCCAUCCGCCGCGCAAAUAUCGAUUAGGAUGGCUGAAAAGGUUAGCCGUUACGACCCUACUAAUCCCCGAGAGCUAUGCGAGCCGGGCAGUUGGGCACUAAGUUUACGCGAAAAGAAGAUGUCUUCAGUUGCUAAAGAAGGAGUUCCUGAGGAGACACAGAAAGCGACUUCCUCUGCAGAUUCCACAACCUCUCGGACACACAGGAUGGACAGGGCCAAUGCCGAGAUGGUCCUGCCGGCAACUAUUGGUGGAAGUGACUACUCUGAACCUUGGUAUACCCCUGAAUCCUUAUCGAAUUAUUCAGGAUUCCCUCAAGAGACUGGAGGGGCCGGACUUCCAAAAAGUAACCUUUGGAGGCCAACGAAGCAAUAUGUGCUUGGAGCGAGUAGGGAGAAUCGGAAGACAGGCAUUCCGGACAAUAAUGAUUAUGUCGACCGAGUAUUUGCCAAUGAGACUAAGCGUCUCGAGGCAAUAAAUUCUCAUUUUCUGCCUCCUCUCAUGCUCCAAUUUGGCAUCCGUUAUGCUCCAGACCCAUACCCGGCACCCUUCCCAGUAUCACGAACCAUCAUGAUCACCGGCUUUCCUAAGUCUACACCUCUUAGCGAUCUUAUGUCGCGAAUCCGUGGAGGACAAAUACUUUCCAUCACAGAAGCUACGAGUCCUGAUCCCGUCGGACCUACCGUGAUCGUCGAGUUUAAAGAAAGCAUUGCAGCUUGGGCUUACGUCCACUACGUAGAAAGGGAGAUGCCAUUUGUAUUUUCUGGCGGGUUUAAGGUCACACUGGUAAGCUCACAUAGCUAUCCUACGAAGCCUGAGUUACAGCGUGACCUGUCAAAUGGAUUUACUCGACUAGUGGUGUUUCUCAAUUUUGCAGAGAACCGGUCCUUUGAAUUCUUUGACGACCUUGAGUCUAUCCUUGGAAAUCCAGAGGAUAUCCUAGAAGAUUCAUGGAUCGAAAAGGGCGCUCUGUUCAUCCUCUUCAAGAGUGUGGCCAACGCCAGUAAAUAUUACAAGAGAGUUGUAUGGGACCAGGAAAGACUUGAGCCGGGCUCUUUUAACAGUAACUUACAUCGAUUUGCCCCGGAUCCCUGCAACAAACCGUUAUGCGACCUGCAGGAACCUUUCCGACCGGUAAGGUACCCCCAUCAAAGCUUGCUAGACCAAUGGGUAGAAACAAAGUCUCAAACAGCUACCUCUGCCGUCUAUAGUGAUGAUGUCUAUCAGCCACAUGCUCCGACUUGCGACCAUGAAGAGUACAAGGACAAGGGGGGAGAGAUCGAAGUUUCGAGUCAAGCCGAGAAGAAGCAAGAUACGAUCCAGCCCAUCGUGAACCUACUAGACUCGCCCAUCCACGAAAUUAGCCACGAGAAAUUCCCUGUCAUAACCGAAUCUCCGACCAAAGCACCCUGGGAGCAAUACCCCCUUAUAGACGUCUCUACAGAGGAAGAUAGAGACGAGAAAAUGAUACCAAAACAUACGCUGCCACAAAACGACCCAGCCUAUCACGAAUUGUUGCACCGCGACAACUCCGAUCUAGUCCGCCUAUCCGAGGCUAACACUAUAUUUCACGCUCAGCCUUUCCGAACCAUUCCCAAGGCAGAAAUGCGUGCGCGAUAUUCCGGAAUAUUUGAAUCCUAG